UCUCUCUCCCUCUAGUUGGUUCCUUCCUUUUCUCAUUCCCCAAAUUAUAAUCAGGACCAACACAAACCCUAGGCCCCCAAUCAAAACCCUAAAAUUAAGAUUCUGCCUUUCAACUCUUUGUUUGUCCUUUUCCUCUUGAUUGUCAAUUGCAAUUCUUCAAUUCUUCCAGCAUUACAUAGACAGAUACACAUCCGCUGUAUCUGCCAUAUAUAAUCAUAUAUUGACAUUUACCUGGAUAUAGUGUGAUUCGACGAGUAGUUGCUUUGAAAAGGUGAAGACCAAGCGAAAGAGACAAUGGAAGGGAUACCGCACCCAGUACCUCGAACUGUAGAGGAGGUCUUCGGCGACUUCAAGGGCAGGAGGGCUGGCCUGAUUAAGGCCCUUACUACUGAUGUCGAGAAGUUCUACCAGCAGUGUGACCCCGAGAAGGAGAAUUUAUGUUUAUAUGGACUUUCUAAUGAGACAUGGGAAGUUAACCUACCCGUUGAGGAGGUGCCUCCUGAGCUUCCUGAGCCAGCUCUAGGUAUAAAUUUUGCUAGAGAUGGAAUGCAAGACAAGGAUUGGCUCUCACUUGUUGCGGUUCACAGCGAUUCAUGGUUGCUUGCUGUUGCAUUCUACUUUGGUGCACGCUUUGGGUUUGGUAAGAAUGAAAGGAAGAGACUCUUCCACUUGAUAAAUGAGCUCCCAACCAUUUUUGAAGAAGUGACUGGAAACGUCAAGCAACCAAAGGACCAAACUGCUGCUAAUAACAAUAGUAGCAAAAGUAAAUCUAGCGUAAAGUCUCGACAGUCUGAGUCCCAAACUAGGCCAGUUAAGAUGUCUCCACCACCUAAGGAAGAAGAUGAGAGUGGGGAAGAAGAGGAAGACGAUGAACAGGGUGCAACUUGUGGGGCAUGUGGUGACAGUUAUGGAGGUGAUGAAUUCUGGAUUUGCUGUGAUAUAUGUGAGAGAUGGUUUCAUGGAAAAUGUGUGAAGAUUACCCCUGCUAAGGCUGAACAUAUCAAGCAGUAUAAGUGCCCAGGUUGUACUACCAAGAGGGCUAGAGCCCAGUAAACAGCUGAAAUCGAAGUUCAUAAACAAUUGGACAAAGUCAAAUCAGACAAGGUCUAGAACUUUCAGGUGAACAGUUUGGAAAAAAGUUCGUUUCUGUUUUAGAUAUUGAAGGAUUUCCAGAUGAAAUUUCAGGUCUUGCGACUCCUGUUCUGUCCAGAUUCUUGAGAAUUGUGGUUUUAACUUUUAAGUAGUUCCUGGAAAGGCAACUUGCAGAUUUAUAUUAAUAUUUACCCAAUUUUCUGGUUUCGUUGUUGAUGAACAUUUUGCAUGUUGAUCAUGAUUGGUCAUGUUGUGCCUCAUUUCCCUUGCUAAUUUUCCUUCAAACUGCAUGAAAAAAGUAAUGGAAGCGUUAUUUGUGAUUCA